GUCGCAGAUGGUACAGUCUUUGCCUGGCUUUAUUUACCUGUGUUUGAAUGUGGGUAGACCAAGUCAGGUCCUCUGAGAUGUUUACACCAAGGUACUUGAAACUGCUCACCCUCUUCACGGGGGUCCCACUGAUCAUAAGAAGAGUGUAGGGCCACUGCUGCCUAUUCCUGAAGUCCACAACCAGCUCUUUAGUUUUACUCACAUUUAUAGAUAGACAAUUGGGGUGGGUAGGGUGUGGGUGGGUAGCUAAAAGGUGUGUCUUUACCGAUUUAUGAUGUACAUAGUUGAUAGAUGGAACUCUCAAUAGGCUACUUUUAGCCUUACACUGGAGCUGAUUCACCUUCUACCUAUGGAAUGGCCCUAACUACACUGCAUAAUUGAUCAGGAAGAUCCCUCUAGAAAUGAUAAUCUUCAGGAAGGAUGGUGCAUUGUCAUGUGAUGUAAUGAAUCCUCAUGAGACCAGGCAGCAGGUGGAUUACCAGGCGUUACCAGAGGGAGGGAGUCACAUAUAAACCCCUCCUUACUGCUAAACACAGGUAAAUGAAACUGGUUACGAUACUCAACACACCCCAUCAACAGAGUCUUAACAUAUUAUAUAUAGGUUUAAAAAGCCAAGCUUUGACACCACGCCAGUAUGUUGAUGAGUCUGUGAAAUACACCUUCAGGGAUCCUUCCAUAGGAGGUCUGUAAUACUUCAGUUUGACGUGACAAAACCUCCAACAUCGCUGAUGUAAAGAUGGUGGUUUUACCACUGAGACAUCACUGCUACAUAACUGCACUCCUGAGCUCAACUACCCUCUUGUUACUUCUGUACUUUCAAAACUCAGUGUUGGUUUUCACCUAUGGUUCCUACGGUUUUGUGUCUGAAAGAUCUCCAUGUGCUUGCCAUACCUGUGUGGCAGACAGAGGAAAUAGUAACUGGUUUAGUGAGCGAUACGAUCCCAACGUGCCACUUCUGCUCAACAGCACCAACAGUGUAUUAAAUGCAAAUGUCUCCAGGUGGUGGAAUGAGCUACAAUCAGAUGCUGGCAACUACGCAGAGGUGGUGGAUCAGGUGUUUUCUCUCUUCCCUGAUAAAGAGCACUACUCAGACACCGGUUCAGAUCGCUGCAGAACCUGUGCUGUGGUGGGAAACUCCGGGAACCUGCUGGGAUCCAAUUAUGGGCCUCUCAUAGAUUUCCAUGACUUUGUCAUAAGGAUCAAUAAAGGCCCGUCAAAAGGUUAUGAGAAGGAUGUGGGGUCAAAGACGACUCACCGGAUUGUGUAUCCUGAGAGCGCCAUAGACUUAGACAACUCCACCCAUCUGGUGCUUCUUCCCUUUAAGAUUCUGGACAUUCAGUGGCUCAUCAGUGCCUUCACCACUAAAAACAUCACACAAACAUAUGUACAAGUGCCAUCUACUAUCAAAGCAGAUAAGGACAAGGUGAUGAUCCUCCACCCAGAAUUCAUAAGAUAUGUCUAUGAUAACUGGGCAGAAAGGCAUGGCAGAUAUCCAUCCACUGGUUUCUUAACACUGAUAUUCGCUCUUCACAUCUGUGAUGAGGUGAAUGUUUUUGGGUUUGGAGCUACAAGUGGUGGAAAAUGGCAUCAUUAUUUUGAUAAAACAUUGUCAUAUGAAAACAGCGUUCAUGGUGGAACAUUUGAAAAUGAAACAAUUCAUCGGCUCCUACAGGAAAGCAAGAUUUUGAUUCACAAGGGUUGGACAUGAAGCAGAAACACUCUCUACUGCACAAUAUUGCAUUGCAUUGCGAUAUCGAAUAUUGAAUUUUGCAGAUUUGUGCAGCAAAGAUUUUCAGUUGAGAUUCCUAUCAAGAGAUCAACUUUAGGGAAUUUUCAUUUGAGCUCCACUCAAUGACACCAAAUGAAAUUAUGCCAUGGCUAUACAUAUAUUUAGUUUAAUUUAAAUGUGAAGCUUAAAAUAAAUUGUCACUUCAUAUAAUAAGUAUAUGAAUGUAUUAUAUGAAUUAUAAACAACUAUAUAUAAUGUAAAUUUAAUAAAUAAGUAUGUAUGAGUGCAACCUUUAUAGUCCUCCUGACAGGAAACAGGAGGACUCCUAUAUUGGUUCCUAGGCAGAGGGUUAUGGGAAAUGGAGUCCUGUGUAAACAGUAAGGGUAAAAGCCUGCCAGAGACCAUACCAGGCUUUCUAUUGUGGCAGCCCUUCCAGAUUUUUGUUUUAUCUUGUUUAAUCUGUUUUAUGUAUUGUUCAUUUAAUUUUUAUGUUGUUUU